UCAAUUGCUGAUAAAACUUAGUCUGAAUUUAUCAUAAGCAGAUUCGUUUUCCAAAAUACCGUCCAUUUGGUUGAUGGUGUUAACAUAGUUAUCAACAUUGUGAUUAAAGUCAAUCUAAUCUUCGGAAUCGAGAAAUUAUUUUAAUUGUGAUCGGGCGGGGACACAUUUUGGAUUCCACUUAAUGCAUGUGUCGUUUGUUAUUAGUCGGCCCAGAAUCGCUCAGUUGAGUAUUAUCAACCGAAACAGGAAGCGACUGAAUAUCCACACUCAUUGCUCUUGGGGCUGAUUUAGCGCUAAAAUUGUUUAACUUAUCACUUUUCAAUUUGGCAUGUGAUAUUUUUAUAUCUUUCCUCUUCGAUGAUAAGGGCAGUUUCCGUGCAUAAUCAACUGUACCACAUAAAAUAAUUACAAGGAAUAAGUGCGUUAAUUAUAUCGAACGUUUCGAGAAUAAGUGCCCACUACCUCGUAUCUGUUUCAUUUUCACACAGCUAUCAUAUAUUGUGCAUUAUGACAUGCAAUACCUGCAGUUUAGAAAAUUGGUCGCGAUAGGCGGUCACAGUGCGGCCGGUGCUAUAUUCAGCGCGAGAAGAUAAUAAAAUGCCCCGACUACUUCUCCGGUAACUUAUCGAAGGUGAGAACGAGGUAAAACAAAAGCGACGAUGGCAACCAACAAUGAGUAUAGACUGCUUGGACGCAAUAUGUUGUACGAAGGUACAAGGUCCAUAUCAAAUAGAAAAUCCCUUUUAGCUUUAAUAGUAGGAUUAGUCACUGGCUUUUGUAUGGCCGAGUUUUUCAUAUUAGCCUCGCCAUCUCAUCACAGUUGGAUUCCGUAUAGUGGCCAUAUUCGUGGUGAUGUAAAUGAUCCUCAUAAUAGUCGUGCGCUGGUUGAUUCGUUCGGGCCAGAUGAGGAUGUCGGAAAGCAUGAACAUGUAAACGAGAAUGAUACGGUUGCCAAACAAUUGUACAAGGAAGUGCGUGUUUUGUGUUGGAUCAUGACAAACCCGAAAAAUCAUCAGAAAAAAGCCCGACAUGUGAAAAGGACAUGGGGCACUCGAUGCAAUAAACUGUUAUUUAUGAGUUCCGAUGAAGAUGUAGAGUUGAAUGCAAUAAAAUUACCAGUUGGCGAGGGCCGAAAUAACUUAUGGGGCAAAACGAGAGAAGCAUUUAAAUAUAUUUACACACAUCAUUUGAAUGAUGCGGAUUGGUUCUUGAAGGCUGAUGACGACACGUACGUCAUUGUCGAAAAUUUAAGGUACAUGCUUUACCCGUACUCACCCGAGUCUCCUUUAUAUUUUGGAUGUAAAUUUAAACCAUACGUGAAACAACGAUUAAUUCAUUCCUUCAAGGGCUACAUGUCAGGCGGAGCGGGCUAUGUCCUAAGCCGAGAAGCAGUGCGCCGAUUUGCAGAAAUUGGAGCGAAAAAUAAAACUUUAUGCCGAGCAGACAGCGGUGGAGCCGAAGAUGUUGAAAUGGGUAAAUGUAUGGAGAAGGUGAACGUAACGGCAGGCGAUUCACGUGAUUCAAAUGGUCGCGGUCGAUUCUUUCCUUUCGUACCAGAACACCAUCUCAUACCGGGACAUACGGAUAAGAAUUUUUGGUAUUGGAAGUAUAUUUUCUAUGAAACAGAUGAGGGACUCGACUGUUGUUCCGAUCACGCUGUAUCAUUCCACUACGUCUCCCCCAAUCAAAUGUACGUUUUAGACUAUUUAAUUUACCAUUUACGACCGUAUGGGCUCGUUAUGACACCAGACGCACUGCCGGAGAAGAUUGAUCAUAAAAGAAAAGAAACGACUGAGCCUAAAAUGGCUCUGCCUCCUUCCGCUGGGAAUUCAAGCGACAAAAGUUAGGAUUAAAGUUUAUGCAUAAAAUUUCAAUAAGUAGCGCGUAAGAUAUAAAAUGAAAAAGUUUCCUUUUGUCACCAAAAACUAUAUAUACAGAGAAAAAUGUAUAUAAACAUAAACCAAAGGCUAGAGACUAAGCACUAUGUAUAUAUUGCUCUCUAGAGUUUUUACUGCAUACGAGCACAACAAAUUUAUACCAAAUGAUUUUUGAAAAAUACAAAUUGAGUGUUGAAUUUCAGAAUAUGAAUGUAUUCAUGCUUUAAAAUUAAUUCUUGGUAAUCUAAUAAACGAUUUGUGAUCUA